AUGUUUUUAUUCAACAGCUGUCGGGUUGUGAAUAAGGUCGUAAAGCGGGUUGUUCAAGGUCAUCGAUAUUUAGCUACAGGAGAAAAAAUGGGUAGCUCAUACUCUAGAUCUUACUCUCCAAACAGUGAACAACCAAAAUCGAGUUCUGAAAAUCCUGGAACAAUAUCCCGUACAGAUUCAACUACCCAAUAUGUAGAAUCUAUUGUAUGUAAAGUUAACGAUUUAAAAGAAAAUGAGAUGAAAGUAUUUGAAAUAGGAGAGGAAGGCAAAGUUUUAGUAGUAAAACAGAAGGGAGAAUUCAGUGCUGUUGGAACUAAGUGUACUCAUUAUGGAGCUCCUUUAGUAUCAGGAGCAUUAGGUGAUGGCAGAGUGAGGUGUCCUUGGCAUGGAGCAUGCUUUAACUUGAAGACAGGUGAUAUAGAAGAUUUCCCUGGAUUUGAUUCGUUGCCAUGUUAUCAAGUAACUGUAACUAAAAAGGGAGAGGUCAAGGUACGAGCGAAGAUUAGCGACUUGAAGUCUAACAAAAGAACAAAAGAUAUGGGAAUGGUUUCUUCUUGUGGGGAUUCAGCAGUAGUAGUAGUAGGCGGCGGGCCGUCAGGCGCGACUUGUGCUGAAACUUUGCGAAGCGAAGGAUUCAAAGGACGUAUCACCCUCAUAGCAAAAGAAACUUAUCUUCCAUACGACAGAAUCAAGGUUUCCAAAAUUGGUACGGUAACAGAUAUUGAGAAACUUCAAGUCAGAUCCUUGCAAUAUUAUAAAGAAGCAAACAUCGAUAUUCUCAAAGGUAUAGAAGUAACAAAGGUGAAUACCGAAAAUAAAUCGAUAGAAUUAAGCAAUGGAUCAAAAAUGUCAUUCAAUGCUCUUUAUCUUGCUACUGGCUCUAAACCGCGUAUUCCCGACAUUCCCGGUAUAGAUCUAAAGAAUAUUUUUACAGUCAGAAACUUUGAUGAUUCAGUUAAUAUUCUGUCGACGUUGGGUUCAGAGAAAGACAAAAAUGUUGUUGUUUUGGGCUUAAGUUUUAUUGGACUGGAAUCAGCUUCGUCGUGCGUCUCUAAAGCUAAAUCAAUGACUGUAGUCGGAAAAGACACCGCCCCGCUCGGGCAAAUAUUCGGAAAGGAAAUAGGGCAAAGUCUGCAAAAACUCUUUGAAGAUAAUGGUGUUGCAUUCCAUUUUGAAACCACGAUAACGAAGUGUAAUGGUGAUAAUGGGGUAAUAAAAUCAGUUGAAUUAACAAAUGGUAUCACACUUCCUGCUGAUAUGUUAAUUUUGGGUGUGGGAACUACAUUCUACACAGAAUUCCUUAAAGAUAGCGGUAUCUCUCUGACACCGAAUGGCGCUGUGAAUGUCAAUGAUAAAUUGGAAACGAAUGUUAAAAAUAUAUACGCGGGUGGUGAUAUAGCAUUUGCCCCAGUCUUCGCUCUUGACAAUGCACAAAUGAAUAUUGGACAUGUAGGUUUAGCUCAAUAUCAUGGUCAAGUCGCAGCAAAAAAUAUCCUAAAUAAAGAUACACCCCUGAGAACUGUUCCAUAUUUCUGGAUGAUGGUGUUCGGCAAAUCCAUCCGUUACGCUGGUUGCGGUAAGCCCGCCAGCUUCCAAAUUGAAGGCGACGUAUCAGCGUUGAAAUUUGUCAUAUUUUUCUUUAAUGAAGCAGAUAAGGUUAUUUCGGUUGCAUCUUGUAUGAGAGAUCCAGUCGUGUCGCAGUUUGCAGAACUACUUUAUCAGGGUAAAGCACUAUAUAGAAAAGACCUUAAGGAUGAUCCAUUUGCUUGGACAAAAACUGUCAAU